CCACUUCUAACAUCUCCACCAAUAAAAUCUCCUUACUUAUCAGUAAUCACUUCUCAUUCUUCCUUUUCAUUUUCACUUACUUAAAACUUUUAUACUUUUUAAGGUAAUCAUGGGAGUUGUCACCGGUGAAAUUGAGGUCGCUAGUGUCCUCCCCCCAGCCAAGAUGUUCAAGGCCUCUGUCCUUGACGCUGAUCAACUCUUCCCCAAGAUUAUGUCACAAGCUAUUAAGAGUGCCGAACUCAUCGAAGGAGAUGGAGGGGCUGGAAGCAUCAGGAAAGUUAACCUUGUGGAAGACGACACUUACAUGAAGCAAAAGGUUGAUGCACUAGACAAAGAAAACUACGUGCACUGCUAUACCAUCUUUGAAGGUGACAUGUUAGCUAACAAAUUCGAGAAAAUUACUUAUGAGACCAAGUGGGUGUCAUCUCCUGAUGGAGGAUCCAUCUUCAAGUCCACUGUCAAAUUCUACACCUUACCUGGCUUCGAUGUUCCAGCAGAGAAUUUAAUUAACAAGGCAAAAGAAAAGACAGCCGUCAUGGUCAAGGCUGUUGAAGCAUACCUCCAGGCCAAUUAAUCCUGAUGCCUAUUAAGAUGUUAUAUGUGUUUGCUUAUAUAUGUCAAGUUUUAUGUGUGCCCUGCGCUACAAAUUGCCUAAAAUAAGUGGAUCAUGGAUGAUGGAUCCAUGAUUCGAACUUCGAAGUAUUGUUUGAUCGAAUUUCCCUUUGCCAUGAUAAUGUUAAUUAAUAAGCCCUUGGGAAUGAUCAAAAGUGGUUUGUUGUAGGAUCUUUUACGUAUUAUUAUAUAUAUAUUUUUUUCAAAGAGUGAUUAUGUAAGGAUUAGACCAAGCCUUGCUUUUGUUGUAUUCAAAGGAAUCCGCCAAAAAACAAAGACUUAAAAAGUCAAAUAUGUUUGUAUCAUUUUCAUUGAAUACAAGUUGAUGUAGGUACGUUUAUUAAUA